CCGGCAUUUACUCCAAAAGACAUGCUAAAUGUUCUUAGAAUAAUUCAUAUUUUCUAUUUAUGCUGCGCUUGUGUUUAAUUUAGUUACAUUAAAUUUAGUUAAUUUUAGGAAUAUUGCCCAAAUAUGAGUUUCUAAUCAACUAGUGCCUGUUACAUUGUGUAGUUACUGUCGCACAGUGGACAAAACGAUUGCAGGCAUACUCAACAAGUUGACUUUUCUAAUUUUAACAACGUGCGUUUCCGUUGAUGCAAAGUGAAUGACAAAGCUUAACGGCAAGAAAACACUGAAGCACAUAUGGUACUGUGUAAGAGAAUUUAGGAAUUGAGUUGAAUGAGUAAGCAAUCUCAACUGUGAUCUAGAUGAGAACAUACAUACAUUCACCCAGCAGCUUUCAAAUGACAGAAAAGCCUUCCAACACAUACUUGUAGUAAUUAUAUUUGUAUUUACACGCAGAUAGUUAGUAUGUCGUUCAUCUAAGGUGGAUUUUCGGAAAAUUAUUUUCAUUCAAUUUAGUUGUGUUUUGGAUGUCACCAUGAUCACGCGUGAUUAAGUUUUCGUAGAUUAACAUAAGCGUAAACGUACAAUAGUUAUACUAAGUGAAACGAAACGGAAAAGGAAGUUAGUAAUGAAAAGUGUUUGAAAUCGCAUUCGUUUGCAACCACCUACAAUAUGGUAUAUUGCAAAUAACACUACAGUAAAGGACUACAGAAAUUUAAGCUUGUACAUAGUGUUUGUGUUAUAACUAUGCACUUCCAUUAACCAAUCCACGUGUUAUUAUAAUAUGAAACUAAUUUUUUCUCAUCUAAGUACAUCUAAGUAUACUCAAUAGCAAUGAGUUCAAGUAAAUUCCUCUGCAAAAUGUAAUCAAAUUCAAAGUGUAAAAAUACUUUCACAUACAUAUACCGUAUAUGGUAAUUUUCGCAUAAAGGGAAUCGAAUUUCACACAAAAAGCACAAACAAAAUUUGAAAUUUUCGUAAAAACUCGCAUAAGGAAAUUGUGCGCAUACACAGAAAAGUAGAUGCUAUAAAACAAGAGUACGACACGAAUUUUGCCAAUAAUAAGCUAAAAAAAAGUAAAAUACCAAAAAUAAUUUAAAAAUACGGCUCUCUGAGCGAAAACGACAACUGUGUAAACAUGUGAGAGCAAAGUGAAGUAGACGCCUAUAAUUUUUUUAGUUCAAUAACAUAUCAAACUUUGGUACGAGAUGUUGCCGGAACUCCUGUUUACCGCUGCUGAUAGCAUGCAAGACGAGCUUGAUUUCUUGAAUGGCGCAAAUUCUAUUUACAAAAAAGGCAUGUGCAUUUCGCCAGCAGUGCCGUUGGAGCCUCAGCUGGAGUCGUCUAUUGAAAAUAAUGCUAACAAUUAUAUUGGAAAUGUAAGCCCUGCAAAUUUACCGAGUGUCACCAGAAACGAACAUACAAGCCAUCCCGCAACAUGGAAACAGCACCCAACAAAUAAUCAGGAACACUCACGUCAACGGUUGCGAAGCGAACAACACCGUCACGAACAGCGGCAUCAACGUCGCUUGAAUUUAACGACUAGCAAAUUAUUGUUACAAAACUCUGAUGAUCCGUUAAUAUGCCAUGGCGCCAACAAUGUUGGUGCAGCUGAUGAUGAUAGUCACCUGAUUAUAUGCACAGCACAAAAUGAAGAAAAUACCCAAACAACGAACCUACUGCCUGCUUCCUCAACUACAAUCAAACAAAAACUUCCUUCAACGACAAGAUCUAAACAACUACUUAGAAAGUUGCCUCAAAAUGGAUGCAGCUUAUUAACCAAACAACAGCUUAAAGUUAAAGCUGGUUUAAUGAGCGCUCAGAAUCGUACAGCAAUCGAUGUAGACAAGCGCGUACAUAUAUGUACCGACGUCGCACAAACUAAUAAUAAAACGAAUGACUUAAAAUUGCCCAAAAAGAAAGGUGUUUUAAAACUACGUUUUCAUCACCAAGCUCUGCCACCAGAGUAUCUUAUUCACUAUGAAGCUACGCAGGGACAGCUUACGCCUUACGUCAAAGAAUCAAAUGCGAAAUCAUCCGAAUUUCGUGCUUCGAAAAAUAUUCACUCUUCAAAACUCCACCAAGGCCCAAAUGGGCAAGAAAAUGUACGUAGCUGGUUGCAAACGAUUGCAGCUAUUCAUCGAUCGGCUCAAGAGGAAGACAUAGAACAAACUGAGAAAAUACAUGGUCAACAGCAAACAAGAUUGGAGCUUCCUAAAACCGCAGUUUAUAACGAUACUAACAAUAAUUAUCAGGUCAGCCGUAUGCAGCCUUUAAAACCAGGCAUUACCAAUCCACCGUCCACCGUAAAAAAUGACAUCCGCUUUGAUUCAAAACACACACAUAGUUCUGAAAAAGAUCAGGUUCACACUUCGAGUCUCAAAAACUCAAUGAACAAAUUUUCUUCAAAUGCAACAACAUUCAACGCUAUCAACUCAACAUCCGUCAAACGAGUCAUCAACUUUGCUGAUCUUCCGUACAUGGGUGAAAUAACGCUAGACAAUUCGAAACCACGACGUGGUAGGAAACCCAAAAAAGCUGAUAUCUGUCACUUAAUAUAUAAAAACUAUGGUACAAUAUUACCCGGUACCCCAAAUAAUGUACUAAGUUCAUCAAAACUUGCAAAGAAUGAAGAUCAAAAGCUUGGUAUUACAGACGAAUUGCCAUUGAAUCUCUGUGUAAGAGAUCAGCAAUGCGAGUAUUUGUCGAUUUCGAGCGGAGAAAGUGAAAAUGCUUGCGGAAUAGACGAUAUUGAAUGCAUAAAUACGCUUAAUUUAGGUGUAGAAAAUUUCUUUGAAACAAAAUUAACUAAUUUAAUGCCGAGUUCCGAUCUCAAAAGAUCAGUUAUUCUAAAAGUUGAAUCAAAUGUGGAUACAAAUAAUUCUACAGAUUUAACGCCUACAUUCUCACAUCCAAAUCAAGCGAAACAUGAUUUACACCCAAUAAAUCUAUACUACCAGAAAUUACUUUCAGGCACUUUAGUGAACACAUGUAGUCAGCCAUUCGGCCUACCUGUGGAGACAAUAAAAAAAGACAACCAACUAUCGCUAAAAAUACCAAUACCAAGUGGGUUAAUUCGUAUGUCAAAAACAGAGAACAUGUCUCCGACUUCAAGCUUAAACAAUCAAUCUAUUGAUUAUCCGGAUCUUAUGUCCACGCCAUCUUCGAUUAAGUCGGAAAAUUCAAGUAUAACCGCAACCACAUCUGCGAGUACAAUAACGGUUGCCACGACAAUAAAUUCCACUAAUCAGCUUUCCGCUCCUCAGAAGCGGAAACGAUCCGCCAUUUUCAUUCCACCAAUUCCGGCGGAAAUUACCCCAAACACACCAACAGAAGUCAGCAUAUGCAAAUUCAAAUUCACUGGUGGUGACAAACCCUCUUUGGAGGAGAAGAAAAUGCUUUCUGUAGAUUCGGGUGGUAAUUAUCGAUAUUAUAGUGGUACUGGUGAUAAAUCAAGCCGUGGUUUUGAAUAUUUCCCACGUGAAAGUUUACAAAACUCUGCUGGUUUCUUACCGGGUGUUAAUUGUGUAGUAUCAUGCCCGACAACGGAAAACGAAUGCUCAAUAAAUGACAUACCACCACCAUCAGCUGAGCUUAGUAAUGAAAUUUUACAAAUUCCUGAGUCUCCGACUGCAAACUUGUUAUCACCAGCAUCUGUAUCAUUAACAGAGGUUUCAAUGCCAUUACCAAUAUCGAAGUUGGAGUCUUCAUACUCUGGUUGUUCAGCUCAAACAACCCAAAAACAACCACAGAAAAUUCAAAUAAUAGUAGGUUCAAACUACAGCAAUGACAUGUCCACACAUAAAACAUCUUCCAUGAAAGAUAAUUUUGCGAAUAUAAUGGUUGAACCGUUAACUUGCCACUCCCUACAUCCUAAAAAGAAGUCGCGAAGAUCAACUCAACGCGAAAAACUCGAGAAAACAUUUAGAGAAAAAGGAUUUCUUAUUCAAACACAGCAACUCGAAUCUGCCGAAGGCGCCACCUAUUGUAAAUUUCGACAAUUGAAGAAGUUCACCCGUUACUUGUUCAGAAAUUGGAAGGAUUAUCUCCCCGAAGAAGUACAUCAAUCAAAUCUAGUAGAAAAAGCAUUUUUAACUCAUCAGCCUUUAACCAAGAAUGAAAUGAAAAAAGAAGAGAAUACAGCAGACAACUUUACUGAGCAGGACAUACAGAAUAUACUAGAACGUCAUGGAUUUUUAACCACUAGUGAAGUAUGCUCGCAAAGUAGCACUCUCAGUAGUACAAGUAACUUAACAGCGAAAAUUCUGCCCGAACAGAAAUUGGUGGAUAACAUUGCAGAGACAUAAGUAAAUAAAUUAUAUAAUUUGAAGAUAUUUGAUUUAUCUGGGACAUAAACAGUCGAAUGACCUAUUAUUUAUAAUGCUAAAUAUUUGCAUCAAAUUUUAACACUGCCAAAGAAUCUUUAGAACUUAAGGAUACUUAUAUUACUAUACAUAUGUACAUAUAUAUAUGCGUGUAUUAAACUAGUCAUUGAACAAAUUAUUACUUCAUUGUGCAGUUUGAAACCACUUUGUUCACAAAUGUCAAAUUCUCAUUUUAUGAAAUUAAGUUAAAUAGGUAAAUAUGACAAAUAUUUAUUGUGAAUUCCUAUUGUAGUUAAAAAUAAAACAAUAAAUUCGAUUUUUACCAGGUCAGAUAAUUUUUGAAAACAAAAAAAUUAUUGUAGAGUCUAACCGAUCGGUAACACAAGAUAAAAUAAUCAACAUCAAACGAAAAAUAAUUUACGGGCGAUCUGAGGUGGGGAAAAGGAAAGGAGGGCGUGGUUGAAUUUUUAAGUCCCAAAGAAAAAACAGACUUCUUUCGUAUAAACUCAAAAUUUAUGUGAAAAAUUCAAAUAUUUGUAUCUUAUACAAAAAUUGUUCGCUUUCAUAAAGUUUGGUGUAAACUUACCUCUUAUGUCCCUAACACGCCAUGUGUUUUUUUUUUAUUUAAGUGUUUUUCUCCUUAUAUUGAUCUAGUAUCGAAAAAAACCCUAAUUUUCAAUAAAAAAUUCUCACGUCAAAACAUCCGAUUCUUUUUAAAUGUCGGUAGGCUUCAUGUUCGUUGAAAAAUCUCCUUUCGGAUGGUACAAAUAUGUACAUACAAUACAUUACUAUGGUAAACUUUUUUUAGAAAAUGCCCAGAAAAGUACUAAUUAAACAGCUGAAAACUUUAAUUGGUCGCUGCUUUUAUAAAUAUAUAAUAAUAAAAAUAUAACGUGUUGGGUACAUAAUAGGUAGGUUUACACAAAAUUUCGUGAAAAAAAAGAAUGUGUAUCAGAAAAAAAUAAAAAGCCUAAGAACUGGCUUAUUUGAAUUUUUCACAUAAAUUUUGAGGUUAUUUGAAAGAAGUCUGUAUACAAAACUUAUAAAUACAAAAUAACAUUUUUCUAUGACUCGUAGUUUUGUCGUCAAAUCGAGAUACAUUUUUUAACCCUGAAACCACGUCCCUCGCCUUCCUUUUCCCGACCUCAGAUCGCUCGUAAAUUAUUUUUCCUUUAAUGUUUUUCAUUUUCUCUUUCGUUUCCGUUGGAUUUCAACAUACUAUGAAUUUCUUUCUUUAUUUUCAUCAUUUUCAAAGGCUUCUGCACUAGUCUAUUAUGCAAAAUGUACACAUUUUACUGUUUAUAUUUUCUUGUCAAAAACUUUAUUAACACAACAUUUAUAUAAAACGAUUUUGUAUAUACACAUUCAUGAUUAACUACAUAUAUCGUUCGUAUUUCAUUAUUUGGUAGAUAAUAUAUACUAAGUAUUACAAAAUUACAAAGUGAACGUCAUUGAAAUUAGGUUUACUAAAUGCCUAUUAAGGCAACAUUUUAUGUUCAAUACUAUAUUUUUUUCUUAUCUUAUAUUCAGCCGCAUUCUAUAAAAUGUAUUUGGAAGACAUUUUAUCAAUUGUUAAAUGCCUGCGCAAAACCCAAAAACUAUUUUUAACGGCACAAAGUAUAAUUGAAAAUAAAAAUUCUGUAUUGAAAAUAUACGAAAAAAAGCACUGGAAAUGGUAAAUUUGAUCAAUUUAUAAGAUUGGUGGUAAGUAACCUUAAUAGCCAAGAAAUGAAAUCAUUGUUAACGUUUCCUUAUAAAUAUUUUUAAUAAAUAAAAAAUUGUAGCACGACUGAAAUAUUGCGUUUCAAACUAAAAUAAGAAUAUAACGGAAACAAAAUAAAA